AUGACAGCCCAAAGUUCUAGUUCCGGUGGGGCUCCCCCACAGCGAUCGCCCCGCCACAUCACGCUCGAUGGGCGAAUGCUUGAAGGAGGUGGGCAACUAGUCCGCAAUGCACUAGCUUUGGCAGCCCUCACUGGUCGCCCAGUCACAAUCAAUCAUGUGCGUGGAAACCGUGGGGGAAAGACCGGGCUGAAGGCAUCGCAUGCGGCAGCCGUCAAGCUGUUGGGAGAUAUCAGUGGGAGCAAAGUUACGGGGGGACAGGUGGGAUCGCGGAGUGUGACCUUCGAGCCCCCGGAGUUUGAGAGAGAGGAGUCACCUGCAGAGAGGCUCGCAGUUCCAAGCCCGAUGCUGGUUCCACUAUCUAGCGUCUCGCCGAAGCCCGAAUACAAUAUCCUUCUAUCAACACCAGGCUCAGUAUUUCUCAUAUUUCAAGCUAUUUACCCAUACAUGCUAUGGGUCGGAUCGCAACCUACCAUUGAAAAGAUUCGAGUAAAUAUUACUGGCGGCACAAAUGGAACUAAUUCCCCAUCCUACGACUAUGCCACCCAGGUGAUGCUACCGAACUUCAAGAAACUGGGACUCCCUUCUGCCGAAGUCAUUUUGCAUAAGCGUGGAUGGUCGAAUGGUGUUGUCGGUAUGGGAUCUGUCAGUUUCCACAUAAACCCAUUGGAACCUUCAACGAAAUUGCCUUGUUUCCCUCCCAUCAAUAUCAUGGAAUACGAUCGCGGAAAGAUCACGAGGGUCAAUAUCACUAUCCUAGCACCCGAUCUCCGCAUAUCAGAAUCAGAAAAGAAAGGGCAGCUACAAGCCACUCGCCAGUACUGCGAGAGACAAAUUCGCCGUACCCUGCGAAAGGGGCUCAAGAAUCUGGACCCGUCAUUAUUCGACCAAGAACCCCUUGACAUACAAGAUGACGGUGGCCAUGUUCCUAUCACGUUGGCUCAAUCCGAAGCCACAUCUCACCCUUCCCGGUUCUAUAUCCUGCUAGUGGCAGAUACAAGGGAGGGGUUCAAGGUUGGGUAUGACGCUCUUGGAACCACUCGAGCGAAGCCCAACGCAAAGCAGCCCGGAAGAAACAAACACAAGAAGGACAAGAAGGGUUCAAGCCAAAAUAAUGGUACAGAUAUGGAACACAUUGAUGAUUUUAUCGAAGGUUGUGUUCAGGGUUUCAUUGAUGAGAUUUCGGGACUCCAUGCGAACGAGAGCCGCAAGGAGCGGUCACCUCUUGAUCAAUACAUGAGAGACCAAAUUGUGGUCUUUGAAGCGCUUGGACGACUUUCUGACGAACGGGAUAAAAAAGAAACACUAGAUGAGGAUGAGCGAUAUUGGACACUGCAUACUAAAACAUCUCAGUGGGUAUGUGAGGAAAUGCUAGGAAAUCGAUGA